AAGCCUUGGUAUAUAAGCUUGAAAACAGACCGUUGGUGGCUCAGAGGAUUCCUCCCUCAGCUUGGAGCCCCCUUUGAAGGUCUGGAGAUGUUUCUCAUCAUUUGCUUCAUCCUUGGUCUCUUUGGCAGCCUUACCUGGGCAGAAGAUCCACAGUCCAAAGUCCAGACUCGGACUGCCUGCCCUCCCGGUAGCUUUGCCCAUCGAGAUGGAAGCCAGUGGUAUUGCUACAAGUUCUAUGAAGACCGGUUCACCUUUCAAGAGGCAGAGGAAGAGUGUCAGUUCAAAUGGAAAGGUCAUUUAGCAUCUUUCACAAGUGACACCCAGACAAAACUUGUUGGUGCCUAUGUCUCUAAAGAAAACAUGGAAAGUGAUUGGGUCUGGAUUGGGCUGCAACGUAGUCCAACAUCCAGUAUGCACACUGGAUGGCGCUGGACCGAUGGCACGCGCUCCAAGUACACCAGCUGGAACCCUACUGAACCCAAUAAUCGGACUGGGAAAGAAUUUUGUGCAAUUCUCUACCCUCCAUCAGGGCACCUUAAAUGGCUUGAUGUAGACUGUCACCUCACCCUUCCGUUUCUCUGCAAAUGGAAACCCUCUUAAGCCAAGUCUGCAGGUGGAGUUGGGAGUGCUCCCCAUCUAUCUGAAGCCUGAGCUGAAGAUACUUCGGUCCCCUCUGAGACCCUUCUCCAUGGUGCCAACCUCUUUUUCAGAAAGACCAUCUGAAUAUCAAGCAGCUGGUUGCUCUCUGUCCUCUAGACUUGCUUCUCUUCCCCGCUUUCUGAAGAAUGGGCUCCUCACUUGAUAAUAAAGUCUGCUGCUCUGCCA